GUCUGAAGCCUUUGUCCUGCGUCUGCGGCAGUGGAAGCGUCUCUGUGUGCCUGUGUGUGCGAGACCGAGUCAGGACAGCAGUCAUGGAUGAUGUUUACAAAGCAGCGGUUGAGAACUUAACAGAGGAGCAGAAAAAUGAGUUCAAGGCUGCCUUCGACAUCUUCAUCCAGGAUGCGGAGGACGGCUGCAUCAGCACUAAGGAGUUGGGGAAGGUGAUGAGGAUGCUGGGCCAGAAUCCCACGCCGGAGGAGCUGCAGGAGAUGAUUGACGAGGUAGAUGAGGACGGCAGCGGGACAGUGGACUUUGACGAGUUCCUGGUGAUGAUGGUGCGCUGCAUGAAGGAGGAGAGCAAAGGGAAGUCUGAGGAGGAGCUGGCUGAACUCUUCCGCAUGUUCGACAAAAACGGCGAUGGCUACAUUGACCUGGAGGAGCUGAAGACAAUGCUGGAGAACACAGGCGAGGCAAUCACCGAGGAUGACAUUGAGGAACUGAUGAGGGACGGUGACAAAAACAAUGACGGAAAGAUCGACUAUGACGAGUUCCUGGAGUUCAUGAAGGGUGUUGAAUAAUUUCCCAGGUUCAUGGAUUUCAAGACACAGCCUCAAUGCUCUGGCAACGACAAGAUUCAACGACAACACCCCCAAAACACACUUUUCUGUUUCUGAAAUGAAUGGUGACAUCAUUCCCUGAGCAGUUAGGUGGGGAAGGGUCAAUGUGUCACACAUUCUGCUCUGAAUGGCUGU